AUGGACAGGGCCAGACUGCAGCAGACACUGACCCUCCUCCCCAUCUGCCUGGCCCUGGCCUUCGCCCUCACCGCCCUGGGCAGCAGCCACUGGUGCGAGGGGACCCGGCGGGUGGUGAAGCCGCUGUGCCGGAACCGGCCGGGAGAGCUGCACUGCAUUCACUUCGCCUGAGGCGGCAGAGGCGGUAGCAGGAGGGACAACAAGAGCCAGGAGGUCCAGUACAUGUGGGAGACAGGGGAAGACAAGUUCGCCCAGCGCAGGUUCCAUGUGGGACUCUGGCAGUCCUGCGAGGAGAGCUUCAACGGUGCAGAUGAAAAGUGCAGGAGUUUCCAGAGUAUAAUACCAGCUGAAGAACAAGGUGUUUUGUGGCUGUCCAUUGGGGCCGAGGUCCUGGAUGUCCUUCUGGUGCUGACAAAUGCCAUCCUUCUGGGCUCCAGAGUGAGUCGUGACAGCUCCGGGCUUGACUGGCUCAAGGUGAAUGCCGCGGUAGCCAUCCUCAUGGUGCUCGCAGGGCUCCUAGGCAUGGUGGCCCACAUGAUGUACACAACCAUUUUUCGGAUCACCGUGAACCUUGGACCAGAUGAUUGGAAGCCUCAGACUUGGGACUAUGGCUGGUCCUAUUGCCUCGCCUGGGGCUCUUUCGCCCUCUGCAUGGCGGUGUCGGUCACAGCCAUGAGCAGAUACACGGCAGCCCUCCUGGCGCUCACGGAGAAGCGGAGGGGGCAGAAGGACAGUCGGCGCUCUCCACACGACUUCCUGGAACCCGAGUCUUCGGAGGUCGUUUGGGAAUCGGGAGCUGCUCCCAGCCCUGCUGGACAUGCCCUCGAGAGUGUUUCUGGGCACCUGCCACCAGGUGCCCCCGGCAAGGUGUCCAUGUGCUAA